GAGCCGGCAACAGAGCGCAGGCGCACGCGGCCCGCGCGCUUUUCGGAAGCAAGAGAUAAAACUGAAGGCCCAGCGAUGUGAAGAGGCUUGCGUGAGAUCAUUCAUCUAAUUUUCCUAGAGACGGAGCUUGGCUUGAACCUCUAAAAUGCAGGUCUCUAGCUCUAGGUCUGUACACUUGAGUGAAUGGCAGAAGAAUUACUUUGCAAUUACGUCUGGCACGUGUACAUCAGGAGAGAAGGCAGAUGCGUACCGAGCACAGAUUCUCCGCAUUCAGUAUGCAUGGGCAAACUCUGAGAUCUCCCAGGUCUGUGCUGCCAGACUGUUCAGAAUAUAUGCAGAGAAAUAUUCUGCAGUUAUUGAUUCUGAUAGUGUUGAAACUGGCUUGAAUAACUAUGCAGAAAACAUUUUAACUCUAGCAAGAUCUCGGCAAACUGACAGUGACAAGUGGAAGUCUGGAUUGUCAAUAAAUAAUGUGUUCAAAAUGAGUAAUGUGCAGGAGAUGAUGCACGCCGGCAGAAAAUCCAGAGACUCUCUGUUGGCAGCUGCCGAUGAGUCAGUAGUCAUCCAUAGAGUGGCCGCUGUCUUUGAUCUUCCUAAAUAUAGUAUUUGUGGUGGUUCUGGGGAGAGUGACCCAUUAACUACCUCAGCCCAUGGUGCCGAUAGGACCAAAGACUUCCCAGAGGGCAGUCCUUCUUUGAAGUACCCUCAGAAUGCCCAGCCACUUCUGGCCACUGACACCACUAAGACGUGUCCUGCAGUCUCAGGACCUUUCGGUGAGUCAGCCACUGCAAAAUUCCAUGCCACACCAUUAUUUGGAAAUGUCAAAAAGGAAAAUUAUAACUUUCUGAAAGCCAACAUAGGACUAAGUGUGUUCUCAUCUAAUCAGUCUUGUUUUCCUUCUGGCUUUGAAAAUCCACGGGAAAUGAAAGCUUUUUAUGGUUCUGGCACCAUUGAUGCACUUUCCACUCCAGUAAUGAAUAAGGCUUUUAGUAAAACAGAAGAUAAUGGCCAAAGAGAGGAGAGCAGCCUGCCUACUUUUAAAACUGCAAAAGAACAGCUGUGGGUAGAUCAGCAGAAAAAGUACCACCAGCCCCAGCGUGCAUCAGGGUCUUCACACGGUGCUGUCAAAAAGUCUCUGGGAGCUAGUAGAUCCCGAGGGAUAUUUGGAAAGUUUGUUCCCCCCGUGCCUAAGCAAGAUGCGGGAGGUCAGGGCGGGGGGACACAGUAUAAGCCUCAUGGCGCAGGAGCUGCAGACCCAGCACAUCCCGUGGAUGAGCGUCUGAAGAACUUGGAGCCCAAAAUGAUUGAACUUAUUAUGCAUGAGAUUAUGGACCAGGGACCACCAGUAAAUUGGGAGGAUAUCGCAGGAGUGGAAUUUGCCAAAACCACAAUAAAGGAGAUAGUCGUGUGGCCCAUGUUGCGGCCAGACAUCUUCACUGGCUUACGAGGACCCCCUAAAGGAAUUCUGCUCUUUGGUCCUCCUGGGACUGGUAAAACUCUGAUUGGCAAGUGCAUCGCUAGUCAGUCUGGGGCAACAUUCUUUAGUAUCUCUGCUUCCUCCUUGACUUCUAAGUGGGUGGGCGAGGGAGAGAAAAUGGUCCGAGCAUUGUUUGCUGUUGCACGAUGUCAGCAGCCAGCUGUGAUAUUUAUUGAUGAAAUUGAUUCCCUGUUAUCUCAGCGGGGAGAUGGUGAGCAUGAAUCUUCUAGAAGGAUAAAAACCGAAUUUCUAGUUCAGUUGGAUGGAGCAGCCACAUCUUCUGAAGAUCGUAUUCUAGUGGUAGGAGCAACCAAUCGGCCACAGGAGAUUGACGAGGCUGCCCGGAGAAGGUUGGUGAAAAGGCUGUAUAUUCCCCUCCCAGAGGCUUCAGCCAGGAAACAGAUAGUCAUUAAUCUGAUGUCCGAGGAGCACUGCUGCCUCAGUGAGGAGGAGGUCGACCUGGUGGUGCGGCAGUCUGGUGGGUUCUCGGGGGCUGACAUGACGCAGCUGUGCAGGGAGGCGUCUCUGGGUCCUAUUCGCAGUUUACAGGCUGCCGACAUUGCCACGGUAACGCCGGAUCAAGUUCGACCAAUAGCUUACAGUGACUUUGAAGAUGCGUUCAGAACUGUGCGACCUAGUGUGUCUCCAGAAGAUUUAGAACUUUAUGAAAACUGGAACAGGACUUUUGGUUGUGGAAAGUAAAUGGGACGCUUGAAAUUAAAAGGUGGCAUCUCUGUAGCCCAGUCUUCCCAUUUUUUUAGCAUAGGAAAUUGAUUAAGUGUACAUCAAAUGUAUAUUCUGAAUUCUGUGCCUCAAAUAAAAUAGAAUAACAAUAGCUCAACUUUUACAAUUGAUUGACUUAGACUAUGUUAAUAUAAGCUCAAUUUUCCUUCCAGUUACCACCUGAUACGUAAGCCUAUUCGUGCAAAAUGGGAAUGCACUUUUUUUGUUUUGUUCCUAAGAGGUCUUUUCAAGAUGUGUACGAUGAACAGUGAACUCAAAUUGAAACUUAAAAUCUGAUUGGUACGUGAGGAU